GAAAAAAAAACCAGUGUUCUUCACUCUCACUGCGCUCACCACAAUUGAAUGGAAUCGUGUUAACGUUCUGUUGCGGCAUUAAAGCAGCGCAGUGCUGAGAAAACAAGUAUGGAAACGUUUCAGUUAUUCUCUUCCUCUGCUUCUGGCUUCGGAAUCUUCGAUGAUGCCGCACAACAAUCGCCUCCCAUACCUCCUCCUCCUUGCGUUGAAGUCCUCCCUUCUGAGGUUCCUUCAUCCGCCAAAAAUAACUUGGACUCAGUUAAUUUGGAUGGAGUUACUUUGUUAAAGGGGCGCGUGAGUACCCAACAAGUUUUUGGCUUGUCCAACUCCGAUUUAGUUCCCGGGAAAUAUGAAGGAGGACUGAAGCUGUGGGAAGGUUCGCUUGAUUUAAUUAAGGCCCUUCGUUCAGAUAUCAGAAGUGGUCUUACAUCAUUUGGCGGGAAGCGAGUAUUAGAGGUGGGAUGCGGCCAUGGAUUGCCUGGAAUCUUUGCAUUGCUUGAGGGUGCUGCUGCUGUACAUUUUCAAGACUUCAAUGCUGAGGUCCUACGUUGCCUCACCAUUCCUAAUUUAAACGCAAAUAUUUCUGGAGAAUCUCAACCAUCACCAUCCAACCCGACAAUUUGUGACAAGGCAGAAGUUCGCUUUUUUGCUGGUGACUGGAGUGAAAUCGAUAAAAUGCUCCCUUAUGUUAGUACAGAUGAUAAUUGUGGUGGUGGUUAUGACUUUAUUCUGAUGGCUGAGACAGUUUACUCGGUCAGCAGUCUCCAAACUCUUUAUAAUCUUAUAAAAAAGUGCCUGCAAAAUCCUGAUGGAGUUGUAUACAUGGCAGCAAAGAAGUAUUAUUUUGGAGUAGGUGGUGGAAGUCGGCGAUUUCUGUCCCUGGUAGAAAAGGAUGGUGUCUUCAGCAGUAGCCUGGUUGCUGAAAUCACAGACGGUUCAUCUAAUGUGCGUGAAGUAUGGAAGCUUUCAUUCAAGUAGUAAUAGUAUUUUCUUCCUUCACCAUUCAAACUAUCCCAGGUUUAUCUGGUUUUGAUUUCCCAUGCAUGCAAAAGGGGCUAUGGGGGAAGUUGCUGUAGAAAUCGUGUGGUCAGGUGAGAAUCUUAUCGUUCCAUGCUAUACCUUUCUGCCUUUACAGGUUUUUCUUGUGGCCUAUUGUAUUUUCUAUUAGGUGAUGCAAAUAUAUAUAAUGUUUCUCGUGUGUAUUUAUUUUGAUUCCUAGAGGGAUAAGGUUUUUGUUUUUGUUGUACUUUUUAUUAGAUGCAAUGCAUUGCUGGAGAUAACCCCUUAUCCAAGGAAUCAAAGAAUGAUCAUAACAUGAGGGGAGUAGUAGCAAA